AUGGCUGUGAACUCUGAGGGCAGACUGAAGACUCCCACAGACAACACCUCUCACUCUACCUUAGUGACCAUAACACCUUCUUCCAUCUCUCCUUCUUUCCCCCUCCCCCCUCCCUCCGUAGCCGAGCAGAGGUUAAGGCUGUCAGCUGAUGAGAGGAGGGAGUACUAUGACGAACAGAGGAACGAGUUUGAGAACUAUGUGGAAGAGGAGCGCGAUGAGCAGGAUGAGAGGACACGGGAGAAGACAGAGCAGUGGCGUGAGUUCCACUAUGAUGGACUCUACCCCCGUUAUCCCCGCGGUUGGUGAGCAUGCUCCAUAGGCCAAGGAGAUC